AUGAUCACACACCGCCGCUUUGGCACUGCGCCACCGCCCAAUGCUGGUGCGGAACGGGCAGCAUCUUCUUCAUUUCGCGAAAUGCAAGCACCAGAGAUAGCUCUCGAAAUGGAUGAGGAGCAGUUCAGACAGAACAGAUUCGAGGAGGAGAGACUUCACCGAGAACGGUCUGAACGGGACAGCCUGGAACAGGUCAAUGGUGAUAGAAAUGAUGCACCAGAGAGGGAUCGAAGGCGGAACACGCACAUUGACAUUGAGAGAAUCAUAGCAGAGGGUCUUGCCAGCAUCCCUGAAGGUACUGAGGAUUCACCAGAACACUCUGGAGAGCAGAACCUGGACAUACAGCUGCAGCUAGUACCUCCUCCCCCUUCCAAAAUCCGCAUUGAGUUCAAAAUUCUUGAGGGAGAGGUAUGGAUGACCGAGCGGAGUCUUCUGGUGGACCCUUCUGAACUGUCUGAGGUAGAGCAGGUGGCGAAAAAAUACAUGAGAAAGGGAAUCAGGCCGUUUGAUACCUCGUUCAACUUUGUACUGUUACGGCUAAGUGCUAGUGCUAUGGCUAGUGCUUACGGCUGCAACCUCACAUGA